GCGUUAAAAAUGAUGAAGAGUAGUGAAGCAAUGAGUGUGGGAAGUUGGAUUGAUUUGAUGAGUGGUGAAACCUGGAAUGUACUAAAGAUUGGAUACCAAUUGAAGCAAGUACGCGAACGUUUAGCAAAAGGCCUAGUAGAUAAAGGCAUUCUGAGAACCGAGAAACGAAACUUUUUGCUUUUUGACAUGGCGACACACCCCGUCAGUGAUUCUUCAGCAAAGGACGAAAUUGUAAAACGGGCUAUUAAAACAUUAACCCAGGUCAACAAUUCUGCGAUACCAUUAGAAACAGAAACACCGUUUAGCUAUUUACGCACUAUAUCUAUGGUGUGCGCUGCAUAUGCUGCAAACGUCUUGGAAAAUGCUUUGUUGCAACUAAAUCACGAGAUGCGAGAGAGAGCAUACACAAAGGUUGACGAGUUACUAAGUGAAUAUUCCGUUUGGCCUUUUCAAAAGAAAUCUAAAGCAGAUAUCCCUGAGGGAAAGGAGUUGCAAAUUGAGGUUGUGGCUGCAGUCCUAAAUGUAUUUACGAAGAUGGAUAGUAUCUUGUAA